AUGUCCACCCGUGCCGGCUGUGGCAGCCUCACGCGUCGGGCCCUCGCCACACCGUUGGCGGUUUCUUGGACGCGUGCCGUGUGUGACAGCCCCUCGCGUCGCGUCCAGGCUACCACAGUGGAAAGGAGGACGCAAGGCUCGCCUGCGUGUGCGCCACGGGGCGUCAAGGCGGCGGGGUUGUGCCUGGCAACGGUGCGGGCAUCGCGUCCGGCGCUACCACGCGAGGCGUGUCACCCUUUUUUGUCCCCGUUGCAAGAGUCAUUUGGCUCGGUGCGGCAGUGGCUUACAAUUUUUACUGUCGGAGUAUUACUGUUUCCACUGCGUGUGUUGUACGCAGUGCUGCUUCUUGCGCUGGCCUGGGUUCUCUCCGUGCUGAUAAACCACAUCGGUGGUGGGGUCACUGAAGCGGCGGAACGCCGGCAGAAGCGAGAUGGGAACACACCACGACGCUCUGUGGCGGGGCCCAUGCGGGGCCUACGCCAACGCAGCCGACGUGUGGCACGUGCGGUGCUGCGCUGGCUCACAUUGGCGCUUGGCUACUGGCGUGUUCAUCGUCGGAAGAGCAUCAACCACGGCCGUCAUGCGGACGGCUCCUACGCAGAUGCCCCUGUUAUUGUGGCAAACCACUGCACCCUACAGGACGGCCUAUUACUGCUCGGUGAGCACGACGCCUCGCUUGUCGUGGGGGGGGACAGGGGCGGUUUCAUGGAUGUGUUUGCGCGUGGCCAGCGAUGCAUUCACGAGGACCGUGAGGUGGUAAAGUCAAGGUUGGCUUUGCUGAAGCAGAUGCAGCGGAACGGUGGUGUGCGGAAGCAUGACGGAUUACCACUGCUUGUGUUUCCUGAACCGUGCUGCACAAAUUCACGGGCACUCAUUCAGUUCAACACAGACGCCUUCACCGCAGGUCUCCCUGUGCAGCCGCUGCUUGUGCGACAUACCUACACACAGUUUGACCCCGCCUGGUGCUGCGUGCGAUGGCCCGCGACACGGCUGCUUUUAUACACCAUGUGUCAAGUCUAUCACACCGUAGAGCUGGAGUACCUUCCCGUCUACGAUCCAUCGUCGGCGGAGCGGCAGGAUGCCACGCUCUAUGCGGAAAACGUGCGUCGUGUCAUGGCACACGCGAUGCAGGUGCCUGCAACCGAGCACAAUGACAAGGACGUGUGGCUCACCCUUGCAGCACACGACCUGAGGUUGCCAUUGGAGGCUGUCAAUGUGGAGGCGGGACAUCCACACUUUGCGGGGACGUCGUAUGCGCGGAUGGAGCACAUGCUGCGUCGCUUUGUGGCAGCUCUACACUCUCGCCACGGCAACUCCACUGCUGUUGCGACAUCCUUGCGGUGGCGCCCUCGUUGUCACGUGCCAGAGGGGUUCAUGACGCCGUUAGAGUUGGGCGAGUUCCUGAUGCCCUUCGCAUGUUAUCCAAUCCUCCUUGAUCGCCUGCUGUAUCACCUCUCGCGACACGCCGCUGUGCGAGGCAUGUACGUUGCCUUUCGUGACUUUCUCUCCGCCAUGAACACCGAGCCUGUCCCGUGCCAAGCAGGGUCGCCGGCCGCGCUGCAGGCGGUGGGGGAAGUAUACAUGGACGAGAUGGAGGGGGAGGCGGCCGUGAUGUUUGCUCUGCGACGCACCUUCGCGAUGUUGCUAUUGGCGGCGGACGCGUUGCUAGCACAGAAGAAGGUGUUGUCGGCUAUGAACGAGGGCGUGGGGCGUUUGUCACCACUGGCCCCUUCGUGCGCCGACGCGAUGGCGCGGGGAGGGUCCUCCACGUUCGUCUACGGCAGUGAAGUCCGCCACCUCGCCCGUACGCCACCCAACAACGUGUUGUGCUCGAUGUUUACUGCGACGGCGGAGGACACGUGGCGUGGCGCGAUGGCUGGGCGUAGUUUGGACCGCACCAUGUUUGAGGUUUUGUGCGACAUCCUUUUCCUUCCCCACCACACGACAAUGUGGCGCGGCACACGCGCCAAGGCCCCUGCUCAGCUGACGGAGGAGGACGCUCUUUUUGCGUACAUCCGUGACGGUGGCGGUGUGAGCCCGGCGGUGAUUCAAACCAUAGACACUUCGCUGACAGAAACGGAUGACGCCACAUCGUGCAUAACGCUGCGAGGUUUUCUGUGCUUUGCUCGCAAGCACCGCGCAACCGCAGAGUAUUUUCACGCCUGCUGUGAGCACUUCCUUCUCGGCGAUGACUUGGCGUGA